AUGGCUCCCUCAAAUCCUCCAGAGAUAGACGGCCGUCGCAAACGCGCUUCCCGCCUGGAGGAAGCCAUCUCCAAUCCCGGCGCCGUGAAGAUCAAUGUCACCGGCGCAUUCAUCGUCGACGAGGAACCUCGGUCGCGCAGCCCCAUCGAAGCUGAUGGUGUGCAUUAUGAGAACAAAGAUAUCCGUCUCCCCCAUCAUACUGGCCUGGUGAGCCAUGUGGCUGUCGAUAUUGGCGGAUCACUCGCAAAGCUCGUGUACUUUACCCGGGAAUUGGACUCGGCGGACAAUGGCGGUCGACUGAACUUUUUGAACUUCGAGACUCAUCGCAUUGACCUCUGUAUCAAUUUUAUUCGACACCUUAAGGAGGAGCACGAGAAGCGCAAUACCUCGAAGCGUGAUGAAUUAUGUGUCGUCGCAACAGGAGGCGGUGCAUUCAAAUUCUAUGAUAAGAUGAAGGAGGCGCUGAACGUCAAUAUCCUGCGAGAAGAGGAGAUGGAAUGCUUGAUUAUCGGUCUGGACUUUUUCAUUACAGAGAUUCCCAACGAGGUCUUCACCUACAGCGAUUCGGACUCGGAGCCAAUGCAAUAUGCAGAGGCUCGCCCAGACGUGUACCCAUACCUCCUGGUCAAUAUCGGGUCGGGAGUGUCCAUGAUCAAAGUAUCCGGCCCGAGGCAAUUCGAGCGUGUGGGGGGAACCCACUUGGGAGGUGGAACAUUCUGGGGUCUCAUGUCCCUACUAACCGGUGCCGCUACAUUCGACGACAUGCUGGCCAUGGCGGAUCGUGGUGAUAAUGCGGGCAAAAUUGGGCUGAAGAGCACUGCCAUCGCAAGCACAUUUGGCAAAGUCUUCAGGUUAAAGAAAGAUGCAGAAGAUGACGCCGAGGAUGGCGAGGGAUUGAUCAACGACUCCGAAAGGAGAAGUGGUGGAGUUAACUUCAAUCACGCCGACAUGAGCCGUAGUCUGCUCUAUGCGAUCAGUAACAACAUCGGUCAAAUCGCUUAUCUGCAAUCGGAAAAACACGGAGUAAAACACAUCUAUUUUGGAGGAUCUUUCAUUCGUGGACACCGACAGACCAUGAACACACUAUCUUACGCCAUUCGUUUCUGGUCGAAAGGUGAAAAACAGGCUUAUUUCCUGCGACAUGAGGGCUACCUGGGCGCUGUUGGUGCUUUCAUACGCCGACAACCGCAGAACUGGGGCCGUCGCAACAGUGUCGACGAUAUUGUCGCACCGCAGGCGGUGAAAAAUGUCGUCAAGAGUGUUAUCGAGGAACGGAAUGGCCUGUCCACAUCCACUUCAUGA